UUUUCAUUUACUAAUUAAUUGAUUGUUUUUCUUUUAUAUUGAUCAUUAUCAGACAUUAAAGCAGCUGCAGGUUUGAUGCUGUCGGUGUUAAGCUGCUAAACUUUAACAGACACGUGAAGUCACCGGGAGGAUGGCAGCCCUGUGGAGAUCGUAUCAGGCCCUGAUGAACAAAUAUCCCUGGACGAUCCAGAUAGUAACAGCUGGGUCGUUAGUCGGCGUCGGUGAUGUCAUCUCCCAGCAGGUGUUUGAGAGGAGAGGAUUGGCUCAUCACAACGUGCAGCGGACGGCCAAGAUGAUGAGCAUCGGCUUCUUCUUCGUGG